AUGCAACUCCCGGCCAUCACACUGCCAUUCAUUCUGCUCGUCUCCACCGCAUCCGCGACGUUGUCGGCUCCACAGCAUCCCCAAGUACAGGCCGCCAUCGUCCCCAUCCGCUGGGAAACCUUCGAGUGCGGCAAGCACUGCCCUAAGAACAUCACGGACAUCCUGCACAAGCUCCCGCCACAGUGGCAGCGAUUCCACGAUGGGACGCUGCUGCGAAACUUUACGGGCCCGUUGAAGCCGCCGAAGCCGCCGAAGGGCAAGAUUGAGUGGGCGCUGCUGGCGGAGGUGUUGAGGAAUAGGACGGCGACGUUGAAGAAGCAGAACAGUACCGCGACGGCUCCUCCGAGGUUCAUUUUGGGAUAA